AUGGACUUUCACGACGCAGCAACGAGAUCACAAGACCCCAACCUUCACGUUGCUAUCGCUAGCUACCUACAGUCGUUCGACGGAGCUUACGAUUUGCUUCUAAGACUGAUCAAAUACCGACGGCGAAAUAAGUCACCAGAGGCGCCGCUUGAUGACGAAGAGUAUGACCUAAGAUGCGAGUAUAUUCGGGCCAUCAUCGAGAAACAAAGAAAGGUCCGAGGCAACGAGCACUGGAUGGUCAGUCAUAUCCAGUUCGCCUAUCUAUUACGUAUGGAUCCCAGAAAGCUAGAGGAUUUUUCAAUCACUUGCGGAAAACAGGGCUUUCUUCCCUGCCAGGGCCAGCCGAUACUUGAUAGCUGGGGAGCACUUACAAGGCACUUUUUCGAACCAUCAGAACUUUGGGACUGUGCCGGCUUUGAAUUACCUUCUGAAAUAUUAUACACUACCGACAAGAUUAACGCAGAAGUACCUGGCAGCGAGGAAGAGCCCUCGAUGAGUCAUGCUCAAGGGUCAGAGGAACCCGAUGACCCGAUCGAUCGGAGCCAAGAAACAUUCAACCUGUGCUUGCAACUUGACAAUGAUACAUGUGUCGUUACUGGGUACCCUCUGGCAUUUGCCGGUUUCAUAGUGCCAAUCGAGUGGAACUGCACCAAUGAGUACUUGGAAUACACAAAGUCCCUGACAUCUGCUUUGUCAGUGAUAAUCGAUAACCCAGCUGGCGAGGAACCUCUCGAACACCUCAAAAGGCUAUACGAUCAUAAGGGUUCCAUUGACAAGUCAUGGAAUGUCAUCUCCGUCAGUCGGGAUUUAUAUCAACUUUGGAGACGAGGGUUGUGGGCUUUGAAGUGGUUGAGUGCAGUUGCCCUGCCGGAAGAUCCUUUGAAAUCGCGUAUAACGCUUCAGUUUCACUGGUUGAAACCAUGGAACACCAUCCCGACGCUCAGCGCAACUUUGAAGGAUGAGAAUGAGGCCCUUGGGUCCGAAUCGGCACUAACGGCGAGUGAGGACAUUUACCCCCCUUCUGACGAGGUAUAUGUUAUUGCACGAGAUCACAAAUCGCGGCAAUCUAUCAAAAGUGGAGAUAUCUGUACCAUCAUCCGAUUCACUGAAGAUAUCGACAAAUGCAAACAAAUGUUUGAUAUCCAGUGGGAGAUCUGCAAUGCUGCUGCCGACUCGGGCUUUACUGGACAUGCUAACAUCGACGAGGAAGUGGAGUGGGACCUGGACGGUGAGGAGCUGCCCAGCGAGGAUGAGGAAUGGGUAAUGACUGAUGGAUCGGAGGGUACUUGGCUCCCCGGAGGCCCUGAAUGA